AUGUUAAUGCAACAAAUCGUUGAUGGAAAGUUGCAACAUGGAACCCUUAAACAUGUGGCGACACUCUUCUCUGUAUCUAAGCGGACUAUAAGUCGCAUUUGGCAUGACGCUAAACUUCAACUUCAACAUGGAUCACUUGUCGAUGUAUCUUCGAAGAUGGCUAAUGUAGUUGGAAGAAAAAGAAUACAAAUCGAUUAUGCUCAAGUCUCACAAAUCCCAUUACGUCGUCGAAAAAAUAUUCGGUCUAUAGCAAAAGCAAUAGACGUUUCAAAAUCAACAAUGCAUAGAAGAAUCAAAGAAGGAGCUUUAAGACCACAUACAAAUGCGAUCAAGCCGGAUUUAACCGACGACAAUAAGAAAGCAAGGUUAGAGUUCUGUCUAUCAACCGUUACUCGAUCUUUGACAUUUCAUGACAUAUUUAAUGUGAUUCACAUAGAUGAAAAAUGGUUUUAUAUGUCAAAACCAUCAAAGCGUUACUAUCUUGUUCCCAACGAAAUUGAGCCAUUAAGAACAUGUAAAUCAAAAAAGUUUAUCACAAAAGUAAUGUUCCUAGCCGCCGUUGCACGACCAAGAUUUGAUGCAUCGGGUAAUGAAGUCUUUUCGGGAAAAAUCGGUAUAUUCCCGUUCACAACUUUGGAACCCGCAAAACGGUCGAGUAAGAAUCGUGUUGCUGGAACGUUAAUAACAAAACCAAUUUUAUCAGUUACUAAAGAAGUAACAAGGUCUUGGUUAAUCGAAAAAGUACUACCGGCUAUUAGAUCUAAAUGGCCACGAGAUCACACUGGUCCAAUUUUUAUUCAACAAGACAAUGCAAAACCCCAUAUCGAUGUCAAUGAUGCGGAGUUUAAUCAAGAGGCUUCAAAAGAUGGGUUUGAUAUCCGACUUUGUUUUCAACCUCCAAACAGUCCAGAUUUGAACGUGUUGGACCUCGGGUUUUUUCGGGCGAUUCAGUCUCUUCAAGAACAAGAGGUUUUAGGAUCAAUUGAUGAAUUGGUUAGUGCUGUUAAAACAUCUUUUGAAAGAAUGCCAUCAAAUGAGCUUAACAAUGUGUUUUUAACUUUACAAACAUGCAUGAAAGAGAUCAUGAAAGUUCGAGGUGGCAAUAAUUACCAAACACCACAUAUUGGCAAAGGUAAGUUAGAACGACAAGGAAAGUUACCAUUAACAAUCGAGUGUGACGGUAACUUGAUUAAUGAUGUCCUUUCAUAUUUGGGUCCGCAAACGGAGUAG